GUUAAAUUAGGGGAAAAAAGUUGGAAGCCAUGAAGACGUUUAUUGCAUUGUUAGCUCUCUUGACUGUGGUCUCUGCAGAAGUCCACCAAUUUAAUAUUGGAUACCGACCAAACAUGCGUCAACGUAUGAAUGCCAAAGGAAAAUUGGCAGAAUAUGAAAAGGAACGCAACGAACUUCUGUCAAAGAAGAGCCUUCAAUUGGCAUCAUCCUCGUCCCCAGUUAUUGAUUAUGAGGAUAUGGCAUACAUGGUUCAAAUUAGUUUAGGAAGCCCAGCUCAGAACUUUGUUCUUUUUAUCGAUUCUGGUUCUUCUAACUUGUGGGUCCCAGAUAUCACAUGUGCUGGAGGAAAAGAUGCCACUUGUGGAAGUUACUGUAAAUCUACUCCAUAUGAUGCUUGUUUGACUUUCUGUCAAGAGGAAUGCUGUACCAAAACCGUUGAAGGAGUUAAAGUUCUUUCAACCACUGACGCUUGCCAGUCUAAGCAUCGGUUCAAUUCAUCUCUCUCAUCAUCAUAUGUGACCAAUGGACAAAAGUUUGAUAUGACUUAUAACACUGGAGAAGUGAAGGGAUUCUUUGGAGUUGAUACUUUCUGUUUCACUAACACAUCCGUCUGUGCCACUGGCCAAGUUUUCGGACAAGCCACCACAAUCGGAGAAGCUUUUGCAAAACAACCAGAAGAUGGAAUCAUUGGUCUUGGAUGGCCUGCUCUAGCCGUAAACCAACAAACUCCACCAUUGUUCAAUUUGAUGAAUCAAGGAAAACUUGAUCAACCAUACUUUGUCGUAUAUCUUGCCAACAUUGGUCCAACUUCCCAAAUCAAUGGAGGAGCAUUCACCGUUGGAGGUCUCGAUACAACUCAUUGUAGUUCUAAUGUCGACUGGGUUCCACUAUCCACUCAAACUUUCUGGCAGUUUAAGCUCGGAGGAGUAUCAUCUGGGUCAUACAGUCAAGCUCCAAACUCUGGAUGGCAAGCAGCUGCUGAUACAGCUGCAUCAUUCAUCGGAGCACCAAAGAGUGUUGUUACCAGUCUUGCCAAGGCAGUUGGAGCCACAUAUGUUCCACUUACGGGUGCAUUCUUCAUGGAUUGUGACGCUGUUGUCCCAGAUAUUGUAUUCACAAUUAACGGAAAAACAUAUAAUAUGCCAUCAACAUCAUUCGUUGUAUCUGCUGGACCUGGGCCAUGCAUGUUUGCAUUUUAUGAGUUAACUGCUGGAGGAUUCUAUCCAGCUUGGAUGCUCGGACCACCUUUUAUGCGUGCCUAUUGCCACGUACAUGACAUGAAGAGCGGAAGACUUGGCCUUGCAAAGGUUCUCUAAAUCCAAUGAAUCUCACAUCAACGAAUAAUAAAUUCUAAAAUUUAAUAAAAACUUUACAAUCAAA